AUGGCAGCCACCCUAUCAAAAGCGAAAAAGUCGCGCACAAAACCGCCUCGCGGACGGCCCCAGGCAACAUCCGCCAUCUCUCAACCCGCGGUCGAGGACGCCACAACCUCGACCUACCUCUCCUCCUUCUCCCCUGAUGGCCACCUCUUCGCCUUUCUUUCUCUAGCAAUAGACAAACAUGCGCUUAAAGUCUAUGACACGGCGACACGCCGUUCUGUCGCCGAACACAUCGUGGAUGCCGCGCGCGUUACCUCUCUAUGCUGGGCUAGGCUAGAUCUCGCGGAGGGAGCAGGGAAGGGUAUAGAGGACGAGCAGAGCUCAAGAAAGAGUAAACGGAAGAAGAGGAACAGUCUUGCGGCGGAUGCUGCGCCCUCCAGUAAUGCUGCGCCUCAGCUUGUUGUCCUUGGUCUUUCUGACGGCUCGCUCCUGCUCUUUUCGCCUACCCACGGCAGACUACUCCGCACGCUAUCUGACCCUUCGAGUUCGUCUGCUGUCCUGGCAGUUGCUGGCCAAGACACCGAUUCCGUUGACCCACACACUCUUUGGGCGUCGAGCGCGGAUGGCGCUCUUCGAUUAUGGGACGCGCGGGCGAACAAGAUAUUGCACUCGCUUUUCAGCGACGAUCGAAUACCAUACACUUCCCUCUCAGCUCGCUCAUCUGAAGAGGAGAGCGUAACAGAGGUGUUGGCGGCACAUCACUCAAUACACCUCCUCGCCGUCGCCGCUGAGUCCCAAAAGCCGAAGACCCUCGCCAAGUUUACGGGCCAUGCGUCUCCAGUGAGCGAGUUGCGGUGGCUAGACAAGUCGCAUUUCCUCUCUUCUGCAUCUGUCGACCGUUUCGUGAACGUUUGGGAAGUUCCAUCUGCACCGAAGACGGAUGGCAAGAUCGUGGCUACUAUCCCUCUCGACUCCGACUCCCGCGCCAUCAACCUCUCACCGCCUCCUUUGUCAGACUCUACCGCAGGGCGGCUUCUCUUCACCGUGUCCGCUGCCGGCAAGAUUUCCGUCUUCACCGUGGCCUCCGACCUUGCAACUCCCAGCUCUGCGAAAGGCAAGAGCGCGAUACCUACCCUUGCCCCCAAGUCAGUUAUCUCCCCUUCAUCCAGGAAGAACGCGGCUGCCCUAUCUGUCCUUGCCGUAUCAUCCGUUGAUGAGGCUGCCGGUCGCCUCAGGAUCGCCAGCGUGACGGGUGGUGUGCAGCUGGCGUUUGACGCAGUGGACUACCGAGAUCAAUCUGGGAACUUCGUCCCUGACGUCUCUGUCACCGUUGCCACAUUAGAAGCCGCCGUCGGACAAGCGGAUGGGCAGAUUACGGGCGCACCGAACAAGCGAUACAACGAGUCGGCAUCUCUUGCUGUCGGAAUCGGAGCCGAGAUUGGGCAGGAUCGGGAGCUUGACGACCUCGUCAGUCGAGACGUCGACGGUGCCCUCGAUGCUGACCUCGCCGAACUUAGUCUCGGCCAGCGUCUGACCGCGGUGCAGGGUGUGGCCGCUCGCGGGUCUGACUCCGAAUUUGACUCUGACGGUGAAGGUAGUGCCCCCGCUCCGAACGGCAAGUCCAAGGUGGCACCGGUGGACGCGGUGCCCGCAAGCUCCCUUACGCGGACGCUCAUACAGGCGUUGCACUCGUCUGACACGCGGCUGCUGGAGACGUGUCUCGCUCACUCGGACGCGACGCUCAUUAGGAAUACUGUCCGGAGGCUCCCGCCUCAGCUGGCGGUACCGCUUGUCACUGCUUGUGUGGAGCGGUUAGGUAGGGGCGCGCGAGGCAAUGCGUUGAAGGGCGGAGGGGGAGGCGCAAGCUCGCAACGUGGGACUGCUCUGAUCAACUGGGUGAAGGCGGUCUUGACCACCCAUAGUGGUCACCUCAUGACCAUGCCAGAUCUUGUCGCUCGCCUCUCCGGCUUGCAUGCAACGCUGACACAACGGCUCACGCUGCAAGAAAGCCUCUUGUCGCUCAGCGGCCGCCUCGACAUGGUCAUGUCCCAGAUCGAGAUGCGUUCCUCCGGCCCGCCUGCACCGCUGCCUAUGCCGAAGAAUAAGAGCCGCAACAAGCCCAACCGGGUGCGAGAGUCCCGCCGCUAUGUCGAGGGCGAGAGUGAGGUUGAGGCAGAAGAGCAAAUGGAGGUCGAGGUCGAGAGCGCCGAUGACGAAGGAAGCAUCGAGGACGUAGAGUUGGGCGGCAGCGAGGAUGAGUCUAUCGAGGGGUCGGACGAGGAGGCUGAGGAGGAUGAGGACGACGAUGAAGAUGAGGAGGGAGACGACCCCACCCUUGGCGGGUUCAUCGAUGACGAGGCGGAGGAGACUGACGAAGAGGAGGAUGAGGAUGAGAGUGAAUGAUGUACUGCUGGAGUCGUCGUCGCCGCUGCCAGUUGGGUCGCGCUGCACCCAGCAUCUUUGAAAAGUAUUUUGAUUGGCACAUCAUACUCCGUGCCAUCCUGCCAGCCGGUGGU